AAGCCGGCCACGAGCGGAAGAGGCCGGGGCGAUUGGGUGAGGAGCCGAGACCGUUUGGCUGUGAGGUUGGGCCCAGGCGCUGCUCCAAGCUGUGAACCCCAGAGUCGCCUUAACCAACCUAUCCUCGGGGCUCGGGAGCAGCCGCGCCUUCCGCUGCCGCUGUCGCCGCGGACGCCAUCAUCGCCGCACGGAGGACGCGGCCGGGGAGGCCUGAGGCCUAGCGCGGCCCGCGGAGCCCGCCGUGUCGCUGCCGUGAGUAAAACGAGCGCUCUCCGCAGUCGCUCCAAAUUAAGAUGGAGGAGAUCUCGUUGGCCAGCCUGGAUACUAACAAGUUAGAGGCCAUCGCCCAGGAGAUCUAUGUAGACCUGAUAGAGGAUUCCUGCCUGGGAUUCUGCUUUGAGGUGCACCGGGCAGUCAAAUGUGGCUACUUCUACCUGGAGUUCGCAGAGACUGGUAACGUGAAGGAUUUUGGCAUUCAGCCAGUGGAAGACAAAGGAGCAUGUCGCCUCCCGCGUUGCUCCCUUCCUGGAGAACCUGGGAAUGCGCCUGAUCAGCAGCUGCAGCGUUCGCCUCCAGAAUUCCAGUAGUCGCAACAUGAGAGAGGCAGACAGUGACCAGGACAAUAAUAUAGACUGGUCCCGUGGCUUGGAGAGAUGUGAGGUUGUGAAAAAAAAAAAAAAAAAAAAAAAAAAAAAUCAGGCAAAAAGACCCAGUUCCCCUAGUAUUAAAAAACCCAAAGUGGAUAAUUUAGAAAUUUGGAUCCAUUUAAAAGUGUACCCAUGGCCCGCUGUGAAAUCCUGGCAGGCAAAGCCCACAGCCUGGGUAUCAUGCUAUGUGUUUUGAUCUUUAUAAACACACCUGGAUGUAUAGAAGAUAUCUAUACUGCUACAGGUGAGCAGUUGUGUGCCCAGCGUAUGAAAUCUUUGUGUUCCUCAGACACUGCAUCUGCUUGAUGUCAAGGGCUUCCUGGACAGUUUGGACAUUGCUGAUGGUCAGGCCAUAAGUAAUAGGCUUCAGUGGACUGCUUCUCUGAUUUCUAAACUUCCAAUUGGGCAUGUUCAAGACAAAGUUAGGUAUGAGAUUUGGAUACUAAAAUAUUCCCAUUUGAAUUUGGUAGGAAGCCCUGUGACCUUGUCUACGGAGAAGAAAAGUUCAAAAAUAUCUGUUCUCAAAAGAUCAGCAUUUGCAGUGAUUUCAGCGGAUGUAGGGACAAGGCCUGGUCUUUGACUGAUGGAGUCCUUUGCCUACCACCUGGUGGCAUAGGUUUGUCCAGGGAUAACCUGGUUGUAUAGACAGGCUGAGAAUUCUGUUUUGAUGCGUUGAGAAGGAAAUAGGGACGUCUCCAACUACAUACCCACGCCAUCUGGAAGAUUCCUAUCUGGAUGAAUUAUAGUGUGGAUGUAACUUUGGUGGGACAAUGUUUUCCUACUCUUUGAGUUACUGGUGAUGCCGCCAGCUUAUGGUGACUUGGUCAUUAUGCCAUGUCACUUUCUGCCUCCUGCUCCAAGAGCAUCACUUAACUACAGAAGGGCAUCAUGGCUGAGCAGGAGGCUGUUUGAAACUGAUCCUGGAGGGAACUUCUUCCAUCUGCCCUCAGUAAUGUGAAUGGGUUAGUGUGCUAAGAGCCAAGAAACAGGCCUGACUUACGUUUUAUUAUUGCAGAAUCCUUUUGAAAGCCCUCAUUCCUUAAAUUGGUCAGAGCACUGCUAUGGUGAAUAGACUUUUCACCACCUUCUUGCCCCUCAUAAACGACAGUACUUACUGGUCCCCUUUGGACCUUCUUGGCAGCAGGGGCUGUCUUUUUGUUGGAAGUCAGGAAAAGAACUCCAAACCCUUAACUUUGGAGAAUGGGAUAGAGGCGGAUGGAAAGUAAUCUGUUUAUCAAAACUGUCCUCUUUUAUUUUCUAAGUGAGGGUUUAUAAAGCUUAAGAGGGUGGGAGUCCUGAGGUGAGCAGAACCAAACGGUGCUGCUUUAUUUGAAAUGUUUUCUUACCUCAUUCUGUGCCCCAGUAAAGGGUCCAGCCUCAUCUGUCUGGCUUGGCCCCGUGUUCCUGUCCACUGCUCCACUGCCUAUCUGGUGCAGCUCAUGAUUCCAGGUGCUGCUUGCCGCUCCAGCUUUCACCUUGACUAGUUUUAGUUCAUCUCAAUGCUCCUGCUUCCGAGGCCUACUCACUUUCCUUUUCCUUGUCCUCCUUUAAAUUGUCAUGUUUUUGUUUUUACUUGUUUUUAUGGAAGACCCAGAGGUGAAUCUUUAUUCUCCAAUCCCUCUGAAUUGAAAUGGAAAAAUAAUUUACUUUUCUGUAUUUACAAGGCAGUGUCAUGCUUAAGUAUCUUUCCUAUAUUGGGCUGCCUUGCUUGUAUAUUCCCCUGCUCUGUCAUGAGUUCGGUCUUCCACCACCACUUGGACACUGCCUCCUAGGACUUAACACAGAACACUGAAGGCUGACAUAACAGGAUGGAGUUGGUUCUGCUCCAUUUUCUCUAAGCCUCCUGUGUAUGUAGCUUCCUUACCCUAGGAGCUCUUUGAACUGUAUCAUCUAAUUUGAAUUAUUGUACUCUUAAGAGAGUUAAGGAAACCGUAGUGAUUGGGCCUUGAGACUGUUACUGCCUUUUUAGAGUUUUCCUGCUCAGGCUUGAGACCUAGUUACAUGUUGAUCUUUCCUCAGUCCAGGAAUUGAGGGUAUCUUCAAAACAUGAAACUUUGGCAGGAGCUAAAAGUACUUUUGGAUUUAUCUUGCUACUUGAGUUUUUUAAAUACCCUCAAUGAAUGAGAAAAAAGAGGGUCUAAGUGAGACUCCGACCUACUUCUUAACAAUGUCUUCUUGGAAACCAGAUGAAAGUAAGGGAGAAAUACCAUGGCCCACUCAUUCUGCCUUCAGAUAGGGAGCUCAGAUGUGACUCAUUUUUCUUUCUGAUCUUUUCUGGUCAGAGGAUAAAGAUGUGGGAAGUAGCUUUGGGUAAUGGUUUAUUCAUAUUACUUCUUGGUUUUUGUUUUUUGUCCCCAUUAAUUCCAUUAGGGCCAUAGCCCCCUGCUCUGUGUAGAUAAAUAAUAGGUGGGCUCAUUCCAGCAGGCACCCUAAGGGGACAAACUACUUUGGGGGAGAUAAUGCUCUCUACCAUAUAGAUGACAGUGGUUAGGAACUCUCCCUUCCCCUGCCUACCUUCCCUGUAACAGAAUUCCUAUCCUUCCUUCCUUCAAUUAAUUGUAUUGAUCACCCUGUAAUCCUGUUAUGUAUCGGAGUGUGUGUGUAUGGGGGAAAGGGGAUCUUAAAAUUUUAUGUGGUUUGUGGAUUUUUCUUCCAUACAUUAGUUCCUACCACCGCAUGCCCAGGGGCCAUUGCCUGGCAUUAUCGCAUGCUGGGAUCAUUGGGGGAGGGUCGUGUGAAAUUCACCACUGUCCUUUGCUUUGGAGAUUCUUUAUUUUUGAGUAAGUAAUCCAUCCUAUACAAAUAGCUGAUUAACUCUGUGUUCCCCUUGCCCAUAUGGCUGCUGGUGUAAAUAAACUGCGGUUCCCCAUUGCUAAACGGUAAUAAUAAAAUUUAAAAAAUA